GUGCUGUGGUAGACGCUAUAGGGCAUGAAGCUCACGUGCCCUACCACCUUUGUGUGGUUGCCUUCCUGCCCAUGAACCUCUACUCCUUGGUGAACACCCUCGGCUGCGAUGGUGGUCCUUGCGAAAGCUCAGCUUCCAGUGCGGGUUUCCAAUCAGUGGGAUGGUACUUGGGAGCGCAAGCGAUGGCCUGGCUUCUAUGCCUUUUGCUCACCUUCCCGCUGACCCACCCGGUUCUUUUAAGGCUGAUCCGCCUGGCAAUGUCCUACA